UCCCCCCCCCCGCCUACUGCCGCGACUGGCUUUGCCUCCCGCCUCAGAAAGCCAGGCCCGUGUUUGCCUGUGGUAGUAGUAGUGUAUGGAGAAGAGUAGGCCCAAAUUGAGGCCUGCUGUCUUUUCUGGCCGCUUUCCGGGCGGAGGAGCGGGCCUCGCGGGGCUCGCGUAGCGGAGAGGCCGAAGGGAGUCUGCGCGGUCCCGGCCUGCCUUCCUGGCUGUGUCCCUGCCUGGCCUCCACGGCGCAGGCCCGCGGCAGCGCAGCCGCUCUGAGCAGGAGCGCUUCAUGGAGGAGCACACGGUGACCCAGACGGAGCACAUGGCCACCAUCGAGGCCCACGCGGUGGCCCAGCAGGUCCAGCAGGUCCACGUGGCCACCUACACCGAGCACAGCAUGCUCAGCGCUGAUGAAGACUCCCCCUCUUCCCCCGAAGACACCUCUUACGAUGACUCCGACAUCCUCAACUCCACAGCCACCGAUGAGGUGACUGCCCACCUGGCCGCCGCAGGCCCAGUGGGGAUGGCUGCAGCUGCAGCAGUGGCAACGGGUAAAAAAAGGAAACGUCCUCACGUCUUCGAGUCCAACCCUUCCAUCCGCAAGAGGCAGCAGACCCGGUUGUUACGGAAGCUGCGUGCCACGCUGGACGAAUACACCACUCGGGUCGGGCAGCAGGCCAUCGUCCUGUGCAUCUCGCCUUCCAAACCCAACCCUGUCUUUAAAGUCUUUGGGGCAGCACCUCUGGAGAAUGUGGUGCGCAAGUACAAGAGCAUGAUCCUGGAAGACCUGGAGUCGGCGCUGUUGGAACAUGCCCCUGCGCCACAGGAGGUUAACUCGGAGCUGCCACCUUUAACCAUCGAUGGGAUCCCGGUCUCGGUGGACAAGAUGACCCAAGCGCAGCUGCGGGCCUUUAUCCCCGAGAUGCUGAAGUACUCCACGGGCCGCGGGAAGCCUGGCUGGGGCAAGGAGAGCUGCAAGCCCGUCUGGUGGCCGGAAGACAUCCCCUGGGCCAACGUCCGCAGCGACGUCCGGACCGAGGAGCAGAAGCAGAGGGUGUGUGUUGAGUGCCCUCUUGCGCCUGCAAAGGGCUCCUCCUUGGUCUCUUGGACUCAGGCCUUGCGGACGAUCGUGAAGAACUGCUAUAAGCAGCAUGGCCGCGAGGACCUGCUCUAUGCUUUUGAGGACCAGCAGACCCAGCCCACGGCAGCAACCCACAGCAUCGCGCAUCUGGUGCCUUCGCAGACCGUGGUCCAGACCUUCAGCAACCCAGACGGCACCGUCUCUCUCAUCCAGGUUGGCACAGGAGCAACGGUGGCCACUUUGGCCGACGCUUCGGAAUUGCCCACGACAGUCACAGUCGCACAGGUCAACUACUCUGCUGUCACUGACGGAGAGGUAGAGCAGAACUGGGCGACACUGCAAGGAGGGGAGAUGACCAUCCAGACGACCCAGGCUUCUGAAGCCACGCAGGCAGUGGCCUCCCUGGCAGAGGCGGCCGUGGCGGCGUCCCAGGAAAUGCAGCAAGGGGCGACGGUCACAAUGGCGCUCAACAGCGAAGCCGCCGCCCACGCCGUGGCCACUCUGGCGGAAGCCACCCUUCAAGGCGGAGGCCAGAUCGUCUUGUCCGGCGAGACCGCAGCAGCCGUCGGCGCGCUCACCGGGGUCCAAGAUGCGAACGGUAGGCAGACACAGAUAGGCCUGGUCCAGAUCCCAGUCAGCAUGUACCAGACAGUGGUCACCAGCCUGGCACAGGGCAACGGUCCAGUGCAGGUGGCCAUGGCGCCCGUCUCAGCCCGGAUCACAGACAGCACGGUCACCGUGGACGGCCAGGCGGUGGAAGUGGUGACGCUGGAGCAGUGAGGGCUGCACGAAUAGAAGGAAGGAAGGAUCAGGAUGCAGCAAUGGAGGUGGAGGCGGCUUCUUCCUCCAUCCCUCCUUCUCUCUCUUUUUGCAGAAAUCGUUUCCUCUUUGCCUCUCGGGAGACGCACACAGGUGGCAUCUUCAGUCUCGCAGCAAAAUAAAAAGAAAAGGUUUUGUGAACCACACAAAGGUUGGAGUUUCAAACAGAGAGAGCCAAAAAGGGUGGAAGGAGGCCACUUCUGGGUCCAGGAGGCCUACGAAGCUCCAUCCAGGCCAAGCCAAGCUUUCCUCUCCCGCCUUGCAUGGACCGCUCUCGAUGAAAGCUUUGGCAGAGGGACAAAACAUGGGUUUUCCUUCCCUUCUUGGGGGCAUAGACUUUUGGUUGCCCCGCUCCUGCAGAGAGAGCCACACACAGAACCAGGCCGGUCUGCCGUCUUCCUCGAGGCAAGAAUUAGGUGUCAUUUUAACGUGGACGUUUAUUAUUUUUCCUUCUUUAAAACAAAAGAGACCAUUUGGGAAUAUAUUUUCUUUCUUUUUUUUGUUUUGCGUUUGAAAGCGUAAGAAUCUCCUGGAGACUGUGAUCUAGGGAUCCUUCCAAGACCUGUUGGAUCAGAUCCGGCUCCUCCGUUUCCUUCCUUUUUUAAAUUCUAAGUCCGUGCUUGAAACCUGCCCGCCAACGCUUCUCUUUCCCUCCUCCACCGGAACCGAUAUUUGCUUGCCUUUUAAAGAACCUUUUCCCUUCAAGAAAGAAAUAUUGCAAAGCAUGAGAUGCAAAACUGCAGUGAAAGGGUACGAAGGAUGUUUCCGUGCACCUCGAUGGAUCCGGGCGGCUGAAGCGUUGACCAAGGGCUCUUCUGGAUGACCUUCACGCCUCAUCAGCCACGUCCUCUGCUUUUGGGACUCUUCCAGGCACUUCUUGGUUUGUGAAGCUUCCAGGCACUUCUUCCUCCACGAAAAGAGGCGUUCUCAUCACGUUUCCUCCUUUUUUCCUUCUCCAAAGCUUUUUCUAUCACUUCUUUUUUUGCAGAUGAGCCCAAGCUCACUUCUUUUUUCUCCAUUGAUGGACUCUGCUUCUAUCCUCCUGGGAGAAUCUCAAGUAUUUAAUUUCACUGUUGUUUCCCUUCACAGACAAAGACCCUUUCCCGUUUCUCCCUGCAUCCAUCCCAGCCUCCAAAGCUUGCUUUUCUUUCCCAAGAGUUGUGUAUUUACUUGGCUUCUUUUCUUAUCGGCAGUUCUUUUAUACGCAUUUCCCUCCCAUGGACAUAGACUGAUGGAAUAUUCUCUCCUCACCCUCCCAAGAUUUUCAAAUUACUUUCUUUCCUUUUUAAUUUUAAAUAUAUAUAUAUUUUUCAAAAGGAAUUGUUGUCGUGAAGAUGUCAGGUGUGGCUUUCAAGUCGGUGUCCCGUCCCCCCCCCCCCCACACUUUUUCUUUAUUUUUUGGCAAACGGAAUAACGUUCGGAUAGACUGAGGAAUGAUUCCCCCGCGACCCAAAGAGAAGCCGCCCUUGUUCUACCAAUGGCACCCCCCCCCCCCCCGCCCCGUCCUGUAGCAGCAGAGCAUGGAAACCCCCCUUGUUCCCCCGUAUUCUGUCUUAUUGCCUCAUUCAAUAAAUUGUUACAGAUGUG